AUGGGUAACAGCUUCUCCAGUAUUCCCGCCCUGCCCCGGGGCAGCCCGAACAGGGGGCCCCGGGUCCAUCGCCAGCACCUGCAAGGUAAAGCAGAGCUAUGGCGGGGAGGCGGGGGCACUGUGCACGGGGGACUGGGCGAAGAUCCGGGAGGGGAGGGAAGGGACUGUGCGCGUCGCUGGGGUCUGGGCACAGCUCGGGGAGGGGAGGGGCGCACCGUUGGGAAGUGGGAGCUGAAAGGGCAGGGGCUCAUUGCUGAGAUGAUUCAUUCCCUUGCAGAUUCUAUCGGCGGCCCCUUCCCUGCCUCCUCUCACCGAUGUCACCACAAACAGAAGCACUGUCCGCCAACGCCCCCAGGCGGGAGCCUCCCAGCCACACCACUCCUCUUUCACCCACACACCAAGGGCUCCCAGAUCCUGAUGGACCUCAGCCACAAGGCUGUCAAGCGGCAGGCUAGCUUCUGUAACGCCAUCACCUUCAGCAACCGGCCCGUCCUCAUCUAUGAGCAAGUCAGGCUAAAGAUCACCAAGAAGCAAUGCUGCUGGAGUGGGGCCCUCCGGUUGGGGUUCACAUGCAAGGAUCCAUCCCGAAUUAACCCAGACACACUGCCCAAGUAUGCCUGUCCCGACCUUGUGUCCCAGAGUGGCUUCUGGGCCAAGGCGUUACCUGAGGAGUAUGCUAAUGAGGGCAACAUCAUUGCCUUCUGGGUAGACAAGAAGGGCCGUGUAUUCUACCGGGUCAAUGACUCUGCCGCCAUGCUGUUCUUCAGUGGGGUCCGAACCGCUGAUCCCCUGUGGGCCCUGGUGGACGUCUAUGGACUCACGAGGGGUGUCCAGCUGCUCGAGAGCGAGAUUGUCCCCCCAGACUGCCUCCGUCCCCGUUCCUUCACUGCCAUCCGAAGGCCCUCCCUGCGGAGAGACCCUGAGGAUACGCGCCUCUCCGUCAGCCUCUGCGACCUCAACGUGCAGGACGGGGGUUUCCAGGCGGCGGCUGUAGCGGCGUCGGCCUGCUCCAUCCCACAGAACUCCCUCAACUCUCAGAACUGCCACUUGUUGCCCCCACAGCUAGAGAGUGACCUUCGCUUCCACCAGCUGCGCGGCGCUCACAUCAAGAUCCUGGACGAGCAGACUGUGGCCCGGCUGGAGCACGCCCGUGAGGAGCGGACACUGGUCUUCACCAGUCGGCCGCUGCGUGUGGGGGAGACCAUCUUCGUCAAGGUCAACAAAUCCAACACCUCCCGCCCUGGAACCCUGUCCUACGGUGUCACAACCUGUGAUCCUGGGACACUCCGUCCCAGUGACCUCCCCUAUAACCCAGAGGCCUUGGUGGACAGGAAGGAGUUCUGGGCCGUGUGCCGGGUCCCAGGGCCCCUCCACAGUGGUGACAUCCUGGGCUUUAUGGUGACUGCUGAUGGGGAGCUGCACUUGAGCCACAAUGGGGCAGCCGCUGGCAUGCAGCUCUGUGUAGACGUCUCCCAGCCCCUCUGGAUGCUCUUCAAUCUGCAUGGGGCCAUCACACAGAUCCGCGUCCUUGGCUCCACCAUCCUGGCUGAGCGAGGUGUCCCAUCUCUCCCGAGCUCCCCGGCAUCUUCACCCACUUCUCCCACUGGUCUGUGCAGCCGGCUCUCCGACCCUCUGCUGAGUGCAUGUAGCUCUGGACCCCUGGGCAGUUCCCUCAGCGGCACAGCCCCCAACUCGCCUGUAAGCCUGCCUGAGUCACCUCUGUCACCAGGCCCCGGGCCAGGGCCAGGGCCAGGGCCGUGGAGUGAUGAGUGCACCAUCUGUUAUGAGAACACAGUGGACACGGUCAUCUACACCUGCGGUCACAUGUGCCUGUGCUACUCCUGUGGCCUCCGCCUGAAGAAGACCGUCCACGCUUGCUGCCCCAUCUGUCGUCGAGUCAUCAAGGACAUCAUUAAGACCUACAGGAGCACCUAGAUCUGGUGCUGCUCCCACUGCUCCCCCACCCCCACCCUGCCCACGGUGGGACUCUAGCCAUCAGGAGAUCAACUCCAUCCCCAGCAGAGGGCUAGCAAACAGGGACCCCUUUCCUCUCUGUUUUGGAAACUUGUUUUCCCUUCCUCCAUUAAAAAAAGCAAAGCAAAGGCUCCCCGGGGGCUUUAGGGCAUGUGGGGUAGAAGGGUAGCCCCUCCAUGCGACCUCAUUGGCUAUUAUCUCUGGAAUCCAUGAGAAGACAGGCCUGUGCUUUGGACCUUAAUUUGUCUGGGGAUGCCCUGACUCAGCGAAAGCUUGGGCCCAUCUGGUGGUUCUAGAGAAGGGGGGGGCAGGGCAAAUCCAGGGUUUGGAGAAACCAGGAAUCUCUCUCCUUGCUCCCACCCUCACAAGCCAUGUCUGACCAGGACUCUGGGGAGGAGUGUAAUGGGAGCCAGCUCCUCCCGCCUCAUAGUGCACCUGACCAGUCUGACCCCUUAAGGAAAAGCUUCUCUUCUCUCUGUUUCAGAUUUUAUUUCCUCUCUUAUCUCUGCACUGGCUUUUUCCUCUCUUGCCACCUCUUCUCUCUCCCUUCCUCUCUUCUCUCUGUCUCUCAUCCUGUCUCUCUCUUUCUUCUCACAGACUGUCAGUGUUUGACUGAAGGAUUUGGAGCUCUUUGGAAGGGAGCUGCCCAGUCCAUUUUCCUCUGCUUCACCACCAGCUAGAGGGCAACUGGGUGGUGCAGUGCAUAGAAUGUGAAGGAUGGAGUAAGGAAGACCUGAGUUCAAAUCCUCCCUCACAGUCCCUAGUUGUAUGACUCGGGGCAUGUCACUUAACCUUUUUUUGGCCUCAGUUCACUCAUCUAUAAAAGGAGGGAGUUAGCCUUCAGGGUUCCUUCCAGCUUUAGAUUUCUGAUCCUAUGACCUACAGGAACAGAAGAUAUCUGCCUCCUGAACUUUCUCUUCCUUUAUGAUAAAACUCACAUCUCAGGCUGUCCCUCAGGUAUGUGUGGAAUUGUGAAUUGACUACGGUGAGGAAUGACUCCAGAGGGACCCACCCAGACUGGAUACCACCUCCUUUUGACUUUUGAGAAGUGGGUUUUAGUGACUCCUGACUUCUCCCAGGUCCUUGUGACCAUGGGGAGAGGUCUUGCUUUGCAAUUGGCCUCCUAAGGCACAGAUCAUCUCACCCUGCCAUCAUCCUAGCCCCCCAAACAGGGGCUCCCCCCACCCCCCACUCCCUCAGGCAUCCUCUUCCCAGCCCGUCAUCUCAGUGCCAGGGGGGCAGUUCAUCAUGGAAGCUAUAGGGGACCUAUGAGGAGAAGAGUGUUUGUGACUCACACUCUCCCCAACAUAGGCCCUUCCUGCCCAGUGGUCACUUCCAACUUCGGCCAUAUCUCCACCCUGGCCUGUAACCCCUCUCUUGCCUUAUUUAUUUUUAAUUAAUUUAUUGAUUUCCCCUAGGUGGAAUUGCUAUUCCCCAACCUAUCCCUUCCCUGCCUCAUGACCUGGAGAACUAGCCUUAGGCCCAUGACAUGUGCCAGGAAGGGGGCAGUUGGGUGACAAAGACAGCUUCGUCCCAGAUGCUCCCCACUGGGCUCAACCCACUCAGGCUCAGUCAGCCUCUCUCCCAUCCAAACCCAGCCAAAUGUUUCCUUAGCCUCCAGGAAAGGAGGAUUGAAAGCCUCCUCCUAGACAAUUCCCUCCCAUUUCCCAGAGGGGCUUUCAGGUGUUCUAGAGCCCCAGGAGGCAGUUCGGUGCUGGAUUUUGAAUCAAAGGACCUGAGUUCAAGCUCCAAUUCUGCUACUAUCUGUGCAGCCUUGGUUACUUAACCUCUCUGGGUCUCACUUUCUUCAGCUGUAAAAUGAGAGGGGUGGACAGGAUGAUCUCUGAGAUCUUUUCCAGUUCUUUAUGAUUCUGAGACUGGUAGAGAAAACCCAGAGGCAGAGAAAGCAGGUUUUGUUUGGGAAAACUUGUUUGUUGACCUCUAAUCUGAGCUAGGAGUAAGGUACCUGGGGUAAGAGACUUUUCCUCUUUAUCCUCUUCUCCCCUGUCCCAGUGGAAGGCCAAAAAAGAGUCCUGGACCUCAAUGAAAUGGGUUUCCAACUGAGAGGAAGUAGAGAUGCUUAAAGGGUUUUGAUGUCUGCCCAGCCUCCGUUUUUCCUCCAAGGGUUAGAGGUCCAGAGCUCUCUUUUGGGAGAAUGUCUGUGAUUUGGGAUGCGUUGCCAAGGGGCCUGGGGAAAGUGGUGUCUUUAGCCCUUGUCUCAAGCCACAAUCAUCUCACCCAAAGCCCAUCCCUAACACUGACUGGGCUUCAGGAUCUCAGGGAUAUUAGGGGGUAUGAAGGUACUGAGUAGGGCUGGGUCUUCUCUAGGUUCACUGGGGUGAGUCUCUCCCACCCUUUAGGGUUAGUAAUUGCUUUUGUUUGACCCUUUGCUGCUACCCUAUCUGCCCAUAUCCAAUCAUGAUCAACCUCUGCUGCUAAUCACAGGAGAGCCUGAGGGGAAGUGUCACCUUUCAGUGCAAAGAGCACUGGACCAGAAGACCUGGAUUCUCUUCCUUUCCCUCGCACUAACUCCUGUGUGAGCCUAAGCAAACCACUUUUUCUCUGUGUAUGUCAAUUUUCUCUCAAUCACGAGGGUUGUACUAGAUGGUUUCUAAAAUUCCUUCCAGUUCUGAAGUUAUAUUGAGCUUAAUUCUAAGAUUCUGAUUGGUGGGGGUGGGGUAGGGGUAGAGAUGGGGGGUGUGGUGAGGAAAAUCCUUUCUCCAGGCCUUCUGGAGGCAAGGACUCCCUUGGGUGACCCCUUUGAGAUUUCAAAUUAGGGCAUCUUUAGGGAGGUGGGGACAGGGUUCAAUUGGCUCUGUUCUGGUCUGGGGUCAUAUUCUCAUAGGGUGCAGGGAAUAAAGGAGGAAUGAGAAGAAGGAGGAAGAGAAGGCACCUACCAUGUUCUAUUCCAUUUCUUUCUGAUGCUGUGCUCUGUUAGAUGCCACCUCCAUUGUGUCCUCUGGGUCACCCUGAUUGUGAAUAAAGGUGAUUUAGCUAUCCAACCUC